UGAGUGAUUGAAUAGAAGAAAACCCAAAACUCAUCCGCGAGUGUUUUCCACCCCUGGCCGAAAGUGGUUCAAGGUUCAAAGUGUGAUGCAGCUGGCAAACGGAGCAGAGAAAAAGCAAAGUUUAAUUGUGCCUGAGGGACGGUCCCCGGCGAACAAAAGUUGAUUCCGCCAGGGAAGGGAUUUGUGGUCGGCCCCACCAAACCGCGCCAGUAGACCGCAAGUCGACCCUUUGAACUCCCGCCAGCGCACGAGGAGGAAAUCCUUAUUCAUGACCCUGUUCAACGGCCCGCGUUGAUCGGGCAGAUAAUGAACGUUCCAGAGGAAGGUUUUGCGGAACAACAGAGUGGGAAGUGGGCUGGAAGUGUGGGAUUUAAUUUUGGGAACCGCGGAAGCUGUGAAAACAAAAUCUUGUGGUUUGCCUUCUGUCUGUGCUGAGCGAAAGGAAAGGAGUUCAAGGAACGAGAAAACGGUCCUUCAACUAAAUUCAACGAGUCAGACAGACACCACCAAGGUUCUUUUCGAGAUCAAAGCUCAAGGUGCAGACCACAUUAACAGCCACCACCAGCAGAGCAGCGAAUUCCUGGAGUGACGGCCACUUCUGGUUUAACAACCCUUGGCUAAUAACCGUGCAGCGGCACACUUGGAAACUCUCCCCAUCCAGCAACGGUUCCUGGCCACAGACUUUAACGACGGUUCACCACCGGCAACCAUCAUCCGCCUUCACCAUCGCCAGAGGACCCGCGGCGAACUUGAACUUGACGCUCGAAACUAGCAAACCAACUGAAGCGCGCGACCAGCGAAUGGUUUAGAGUGUGUGUGUUGUUGUAUUUUUAGCGAGCCGAUUUGUUGCAAAACUAUCGCAAGAUGCAAAAAGAAGGCGUUCGGCGGCUUGUUGGAGAAUUUUCGAGACGUCGUCCAAGACCAAGACGACCACGGCUCUAGAGUUCAAGCCGCCCCGCCGAGGUCGAAGAAUGUUUGAGGGAAAAAAAAUGUUGAAGAAGCUGCAGUUUGUGCGCGUGUGAGGAAAACAUAAACAAUUUUAAAGUUGGAAUUUACGUAAGUUGUCGGGCUUUUCCGAACGCUCCCAACGCAGACACGUCCACCGUUGGCGACGUUCCGCGACAACACUGACGGUGGGUUUUGCGAGAUCAGAUUCUGCAAAGCCGACAACACUACUACAACACAGAAACGCACGUUACGCGUACAGAAUACAGCUGUGAAAGCCGAAGCUGGCACACCGAAGGUGUGUGUGCAAAGAACAGAGUGUAGAACACAGAGCAAACAGGUUAAGCCGAACUCGUCUUCGGGCAAAUCCGUCGUCGUCGUCGUCGUCGUGUUCGUUCUUCCGCGUGCUGCGGACACGACGAGUGCGGUGCAACGGACGAGAGACAGUCGGUUUAGUCGGUGGUUAGCAAGCGGUCGGUGCUGAUUCAUUGCCUCAUUCAGCGGAAGACUGCCGCGCGACGAGCAAGUGUUUUCUCUCUCGAGGAGCAGUGCUUGAAAGGAAGAAACAACAAGGAUAUACACAUCAACCCUCCUAAAUCUCCCGUGUAAAUAUCAGCUGGUAGCGAGCCAAGUCAGCGGCGAACGGACUCGCGCGAACAUCUGGAAGAAUCGGUGCAAAAAGUUCUUGGUGCAGCAACGGUUCUUGGGAUAGAAGAAGAAACCCAAAGUGCAGUGCCACAAGAAGUGAGGCAUACGUAAAUCAGAUAUUGUGUGUGUUAGGGGAAAAGAGUGUGACAAGUGAAGCGUUGAGCCGCGCGCGACAGUUGUCGAAACAAUGAAACUUCGGUACCAAUUACAACGUUGAUUGCUAACUGCCAUGGAGUGCGACAGCUGAAGCGGCAAGAACGCGCCGCGUUCAGUGUCUAGCCGAAAAGAAAAGCCGAAAAGCUUGAAAACAAAAAUUUGUACACACACAAAAGUGAGAAGUGAGCAAAAAAUGACGACACCGCUUCAAGUAGUGACGACGAAAAGUGAAACUCCACAAUGUUAGCCGUAGACUGUCUGGUCGGUGGAUUACUAGUCAGCUCGAUCGGUGUGAAUAUCCUAGCGCUCGGGGCUUUCUGGGUCACCCCAAGUCUGCGAACGACCGCGAAUCGGUUCGUGAUCAACCUGCUGAUUGUGAACCUGGUAUGCUGCAUAAUUCUCGGCCCGUCGCUGCUGCUGAAUGCAUUUACCGCGAAAUCCGGCGGUGGGGCGCAUCCACCGUCGACGGUGGUGGUACUGGCCGCGACCACUGUGUCGACCUCCACCACUGCGGCGUCUUCAGCGGCGACCUCCGGAAAUGUCGGCGGCGGAGGCAGCAGUCGAGGCUCUUCGACUGGGCUUCCAUUUACGAUCGUAGUGAAAUCCACCGCGGCCAGUGACGAUAGUGCUACUAGUGUACAUAAUAGAACCGAUAGGAUAGUCAAGUGCUGGAACGGCACCACCACCAUCGAAUGUGAUACUAUUUUGAUAAGAAGUAAUGUUAAUAUAGAAAAUGUGCUGCACGUGAAGUCAUCGCAUCUGGGCGAUGCCGAUGACGAUGAUGCAACGGGCUCGAAGCUUACACUAACAAAGAUAAGAUGCUGGGGGCUCGACCUGGUCGUUGCCCUGGGUUCCCUGUCGGUGCUACUGGUGGUGGGAGAUACCUGGUGUGCCAUUACGGACCCACUACGCUACCACUCGCGAAUCUCCGAGCUCAAGGCGUGGGCCUUCAUCGCGACAACGUGGCUGCUGGGAAUCGCGUUCGGAAUCGCUUCCGGCUUCCGCGGCGACCAGAAAAACAUAACUCUCUUCAACAACCGGCUCACGAGAGCCGAAGUGGUGGCCGCUUUUGAAACUAGUCAUUUAAAUAGGAAUCUGUCCGCCACCCAGCGGGCCAGCGAAAUUGGCCUAAUAAAUCAUCUCAACAUUUCGGAGGACUUGUACAACACCAUCUUCUCGUACACGUACUUUGUGAUUGUGAUUCUGCUGCCGUUUGCGCUCGUCUGCGGCAUGUACUGGCGAAUAUUUUCCGAGGCACGGGAGAGUGGCCAGCGGAUGCGACAAAACGGGUCCUCGCCACUGCUGCAGAGCGCGCUCAACUUGGCCGCUGCCUCCGCCCAGCGACAGGCGGAAAAACAAGCCGAACAGCAGCGCCACUUAGCAGACCGUGACGGGUGCGACGGGCUCACGAUGAAAAUCGAUAAACAGAUCCACUACGAGGAUGAAACCAUCGUCGUGAGCAGCAUUCAACCGUGUAAUAGUAUUAAGCAGAAAGAAUCCUGCCUGAAGCCGCUGCUACAGCCAUCACCGGCGCCAACUCCCGUUCACCAACCCACCAACAAGCACCAAUCGGACGCAGCUGACAAGCCGACAAUAGUACAAAUUGCAAACAAUACCACCGCCCCAUCACCGCAGCUCACGCCACUACCCCGGCUGAAAACGUCCAUGAAGCAGGACCGCAACCAUAACUGCAUGUUGGCCCCACCAAACGAAGACGACGACGAGGACAACAACAACGCAGCUGCCACCUCCGAUAUGCCUCGCAAGAUCCGUCGCAAUCACAGCAGUGCCGGUCGGCUGGUCAGUUUCAACGAUGAGCCCCUACGACCGGGCCUUCGCCAGGUCCACUCGACGCCCAACUUUCAGCAGUUGGCCUCGGCCGAGUUCGACCACAUUGGCAACCACCACAUCCUGUCGCUGCCGGCCGUGCACGUCCCGCCCAAGGCGCUCAGCUACAUGACAUCGAUCCGACAUCGACUCUCGAACGCGUCCUCGCUGUUCAAGUACCGCGAGGAGUCCCGCGCCGCCCGUAUCAGUAUUCUGGUGAUAAUCAUGUUCCUGGUGUCGUACCUCCCGUACGGCAUCUUGGUGCUCAUGCAGGGCCACGUUGACCUGUUCCUGGUCUCCGAUCAAGCCCUCCUAGCCAUCUUCACCGUGGUCAUCGCGAACCUCAGCUCCCCCUUCAUUUUCGCGUACCGCAACAAGCGGGUCCGCCGCGGCGCCCGCCGCCUUCUCGGCAUCGACAAAAAGACCAACGAGCGCCUCCAGAAGCUCACCAGCAGCAACACCCACUUCAACAACAACAACUACAACGCCAACAUCAGCUUUCACAACGUGCAGGCGGCCGGCGGUCCUGACGACGGCCACCACAAAUGCCACAAGGUGCGCAUCGCCGCGGCCGCCAAUGCCGCCGGCGGGAUGCUGUCCCGGAGCAACAGCUCGUGCAAGUACCUGACGCCGAACCACGCGGCCGCCGUCGCCGUCGCGAACGGGUUCAUCGUCGAGUUCGAGCGGUACCCGUCGGACGAGCUGAACAGCCUGUGCAUCCAGAAGAAGUCGAUCCUGAAACGCGUCUGUGAUAGCUCGCGCAAGUGGGGCUGCAACUUUGCGGCCAACUCGUGCACCAGCAACGACGGCGAGCAGACCGAGGUGUAACUGUAAGGGAUUGCUAGUUUAAGAGGGUGUUGUAUGGUUUAAGACUUCUUUGUGCCACUCGUCAGCUGACUCAAUCAACGUUGCUCGCCUUUAACGUGAUUUGAUUGAUGCGAAAUAGGCGCGGCAAAACAAACUGGAAAUGAUUCUCUUGGAAACGGGAAUCGUACGUCGUUGGCCAAACAGAUCGGCUGAUAGCGGGUUAUUUUGAAUCAAUCAAGUCGUAAAAAUAGAUUGGAAUCUUUAGCUGAAAGUGAAGCUGAUCAAUAGUUUUGAUUUUGUUGUCAGCUCACGUGCUGAGAUAAGUUUGAUUAGAAUUUAAAUCUUUAGCAGUUAAAUCUUUAAUUUUGAUCUCAUUCAGUGCUGCAAAAAAUGCGAGCGAUUUUUUAAAAUUAGUUCUAGAUUUUUUUUUUAAACGCAAUAACUUAUAGGAUCUUUU